GAGAGAGAGAGAGAGAGCUGCUACAACAUACACCACUCAUCACUCUGUAGUGGAUACGCACACACUUCACAACCAAAAUGAAAGUUUCGGAGGUUACUUUGUUAUUAUAAAGUUGCCGUUUCGUUAAACUCCUGCUGGCGUUGUGUUCGGUUCAAUUUGUCGGUUACAGUCAGCUGGUCUGGUUAAUUCGGUUAGCCAGCUAACUAACUACUAACAACUAACUACCUAGAACAAAGUUCACAGAGUUGGCGUGUCGUUAUUGUUAGAAGCGUCCAGAAGUGCAUUAACCGGUAAAUUACACUUUAUAGCAGUGUUUAUUUCGCCGUUAUGAUUCCUGAAUGCCCGUCUCGGACCGUCGAGGCGAGAAACCGGAGCCGGUGGCAUGAAGGCGGCCAAAGUCGGUCCGGUUUACUGUGCGACAUCCACAGCGUGAUCAAGAGAGAGCCCUUCACCGAGUAUUACACUCUCAUCCCGGGGAAAGAGCUGGGCAGGGGCAAGUUUGCAGUGGUGAAGAAGUGUGUUAAGAAGAGCACUGGUCGAGAAUAUGCUGCCAAGUUCAUGAGGAAGAGGAGAAAGGGCCAGGACUGCAGAGCAGAGAUCAUUCACGAGAUUGCCGUGCUGGAGCUGGCAUCAUCCUGCCACCGAGUGGUCAACCUGCAUGAGGUCUACGAGAUGCCCAGCGAGAUGGUGCUUGUACUAGAAUUUGCUGCCGGUGGAGAGAUCUUCAAUCGGUGUGUGGCAGAGAGGGAUGAAGCCUUCAAGGAGGAAGAUGUGAAGCGACUGAUGAGGCAGAUCCUGGAGGGCGUAGCUUUUCUUCAUAAGAACAAUGUGGUUCAUCUGGAUCUGAAGCCACAGAACAUUCUCCUGACCAGUGACGAUCCUCUCGGGGACAUUAAGAUCGUGGACUUUGGCCUCUCGAGGAUGGUGAGCAGUAAUCAGGAAAUCAGAGAGAUCAUGGGCACACCUGAGUAUGUUGCCCCAGAGGUUCUUAAUUAUGAGCCCAUUAGCACAGCCACUGAUAUGUGGAGUAUCGGUGUUCUUGCCUACGUGAUGUUGACCGGUAUGUCUCCAUUCCUGGGAGCCGACAAGCAGGAGACCUUUCUCAACAUCUCGCAGAUUAACGUCAGCUACACCGAGGAGGAACUGGAGCGGCUGGACAAGGCGGCCAUCCACUUCAUCAAGUCUUUGCUCAUCAAAGAGCCUGAAGAUCGUGCCACCGCAGAGGAGUGCUUGAAACACCAGUGGCUACAGACACAAGGGACAGACUCUGCAGAGGAGAAGGGAAAAAACACGGCCUCAUCCAUCCCUAAGCCAGUCAGCUCGGCUGUAUCCACUCAGCACAGUGAGGAGGAGGAAAGCAGACUGACGGAGGAGCUCAUCGUCAUGGCAGCCUACACUCUAGGCCAGUGCAGGCAGUCCUCAGACAAGGAGAGCCUGACCCCAGAGCAGAAGGCUAUCUCAAAGCGCUUCAAAUUCGAAGAGCCCUUCGCAGGCCUGCAGGAGGUGCCAGGAGAAUUCAUCUACUAAACUGCAUGAUGGUCAGCCAGCCACUAAGCUCCAACUAACGCUGCACUUCUGACAAGUCAUUUGUUUGUUUGUUUGUUUGUUUGUUUGUUUUUUUAGCCAAACUGUAUAUUUGUUUUUAUUUGUUACUUUUUCCUACUUUUUUUGCCAUUUUAUUUUUAUGGAUUAUAUUAUUAAAGACUAAGCCUUUGUAUGGUACUUAGUUUCUUUCUUUCGUGUGGUGUUUUCCUUCCUGCAUGUAGGCCAUCACCUCUCUUCAAUACAACUCCUUUUCCUUGUUUUCCCUGAUUUCUAUUUACAUUUCAUGACCUUUUCUUUGUCGUUUGGGUGUAUGUUGGUUGUGCAGGGGCAGCACAGGGCUUUUGGAAUUAUAUGUAAAUUAAACUAAUUUUAAGAGUUAUGUCUGUACGUUUUAAAAAGCCAUGUUGCGUGUUCACAUCCUGACCGGUUUUUGUCAGACCAUCAGUGGGGUGAUAAUCCCUAGAAAUUACAUGUUUCCCGUGACUAAGUGUAUAUUAUUGCCUUUUUAAAUGUCCGGUCGUUGUGAAUUGUUCAGUGUAAAGAGUGUUUCUUUUGAAUGACAAGAUGCUUGACCGUGAUUGUCCUGAUAUUGUAAAUAAAAGUUCCUUUGAACAUUUGAAGAAG